CAAUUGUUGCGCAAGUCAAUGAAAGAAAUACCGGGAAAGAAACGUGUUUUAUGACACAAAUUGAACUCGAAAUAUUAUCAAAUCUACGUAAAAUCAAAGUUUACUAAAGUCAGAAUGGUGAAAAAGAAAGACAAGAAAGGGGGUGCGAGCAAGAUGGCGGCUCUCGCUGCCGCAGUAGAAGCAGCGGAGAGUGAAAAUCGAGAGAAUAUGGAAAACAAAAUGGCGGAUUUAGAAUUAGAAGAAGGCCAACAAAAUGGCAAGGGGAAAUCRAAGAAAGUAAAGGGAGAGAAAAAAAGUAAAGUAAACGACAGAGAAGAAGAACAAGAAGAAUUAGAAAAUGCCGACGCGUUUUAUGAUCACGAAGCAGAAAUCAAUCAAAAGAAAGAAGUAGAAGAGGAGCCACUCGAAGACACGAAAAAGCUGAGUAGAAAAGAACUAAAGAAACUUAAAAAGCAGGAAAAAUUCAAAUCAGAGAUGGAGGAAUUGGAAACAUCACAGUUUUCUGUCUCACAACAAGAGUCAUCAGCUAAAACUGCAAUCUUAGAAAAUGCACUGGAUAUMAAGGUUGAGAAGUUUGGUAUUUCUGCCAGAGGCAAAGAGUUAUUUGUCAAUGCAAGUUUGAAUAUCACAAAYGGACGGCGGUAUGGUUUGGUUGGACCUAAUGGAAUGGGAAAGACAACUCUACUGACUCACAUAGCUGAAAGAAWACUUGCAAUCCCACCAAACAUUGAUGUGCUUUUGUGUGAACAAGAUGUAAAGGCUGAUGAUACACCUGCGUUUGAUGUUGUGCUUAAAGCAGACAAAAAAAGACUUCACCUAAUGGAAGAAGAAAAACAUCUUGUGAAGUUAUCAGAAACAGGAGAUGAAGGAGCCAUUGAAAAACUAAAAGAGGUUUAUGCUGAACUAGAGGCAAUCGGAGCCUCAUCUGCUGAGUCAAGAGCAAGGAGAAUCUUAGCUGGUCUAGGGUUUACUACUGAGAUGCAAUCAAGGCCUGUCAAUCAUUUCUCCGGAGGAUGGAGAAUGCGUGUAUCUCUAGCAAGAGCUCUUUUUCUUGAGCCUACUCUWCUGAUGCUUGAUGAACCUACAAAUCAUUUAGAUCUCAAUGCCGUCAUCUGGCUAGACAAUUAUCUUCAAAACUGGAAGAAAACCUUACUUGUGGUAUCCCAUGACCAAUACUUCCUGGACAGUGUCUGUACUGAUAUUAUCCACCUUGAUCAACAGAAAUUACAUUACUACAGAGGAAAUUAUGGACAAUUCAAGAAAAUGUACAAGCAGAAAGUAAAAGAACAAGAAAAGGCCUACCAUAAGCAGGAAAAACAAUUGAAAGAGUUGAAGGCAUCAGGACAGUCCAAGAAACAAGCCGAGGAGAAGACAAAGGCUGCUCAAGGAAGAAAAACCAAAAAAUCUGGGAAGAAAGGAGAUUUUGAGGAGGAUGAUGUCCAAACUGUUGAAUUAAUCAAGAGACCUAAAGAAUAUGUUGUCAAGUUUUCUUUUCCCAACCCUCCGCCAUUAAAUCCUCCAAUUCUUGGUCUUAAAGAGGUGACAUUUGGAUAUGGUGGGCAACAAGAAUUGUUUCAAAAUAUUGAUUUUGGUGUGGAUUUAUCUUCUAGAAUUGCUAUUGUUGGCAAUAAUGGUGUAGGAAAGACAACUUUCUUGAAGUUAUUAACUGGUCAUUUAUCACCAAUUACAGGUGAUUGGAUUAAGAACCAUAGAUUGCGUAUUGGAACAUAUAGCCAGCAUUCAGCUGAUCAAUUAAAUUUAGAAGAAUCAUCAGUCGAAUAUCUACAGUCAAAAUAUAAUCUGGAUUAUCAAAAUGCCAGAAAACACCUCGGCAGGUUUGGUCUUGCCAGUCAUGCACAUACCAUACGAAUAAAGGAUUUAUCAGGAGGACAAAAAUCUCGUGUUGCUUUUGCUGACAUGGCCCUUAGCAAUCCAGAUGUAAUUAUACUGGAUGAACCUACUAACAACUUGGACAUUGAAUCUAUUGAUGCCCUGGCUGAUGCUAUCAAUGAAUUUACUGGCGGUGUUAUACUAGUAAGUCAUGAUGCAAGACUGAUCCUGGAGACUGAUUGUCAACUUUGGGUUGUUGAAAACAAAGAUAUUUCUGAAGUUGAUGGGACAUUUGAUGAUUAUCGACAAGAAAUCCUAGAAAAACUUGGUGAAGAAGUUGUUUCCAAGUCAGCCAACCAUUAACAACACCAACAACACUCAGAUUGACAUGAAUAUGAAUGAAGAUGGAGUUCCCAGCACAGCAAAAAAUAACUACAAGUAUAAAAAUCUGAACAUUGUGGAAAUGUUGUAGGAUUACCAAAGCAGCUGCUGAAGAGGUCCAUUUUUCCCACAGCAAACAUUGGCAGUCUCCAUUAACCUCCAUUAAACCACAAUACUCUUACAUGAAUAUGGAUGAAUGAUGCUAAUGUUUCUACAAGCAUAAAUUACACUCAAGCCUCAUUUUAAAUGACAAUUUAGAUAGACAGAAUAUGUAUAGCUCUUGUAAAUCUCUGGAAUUUAAAGGCAUAUUCUAAACACCUGAUUCAUGGGUGAACAAUCUUUUGAGUGUAUGGCUGGUAUACAAACCUUGUUGUGCCAUAGCAGUUCUAAGCUGACACACAAGACUUGAUGCCAAUUGGAAAUACGCGCAACCUACACUUCAUUUAACAGCAUUAAUAAAUGUCAAAAUUAAAUUUAUUAAAAUUCAAUAAAACUUAUUUGUCUCA